AUGGGGAGAGCGGCCGCCGCAAGAAGAGGCGCUGGAGGGGCGCGCCGGUGGCUCUCUUGGCUGGAGCUCUGCUUCUGGGCGGCGGGGGCUGCGGCUGCCCGAGGAACCGACAAUGGCGAAAUCCUCCCUGAAUCCAUCCCAUCAGCUCCUGGGACACUGCCUCAUUUCAUAGAGGAGCCAGGUGAUGCUUAUAUCAUCAAGAGCAACCCCAUUGCACUGAGGUGCAAAGCAAGGCCAGCCAUGCAGAUAUUCUUCAAAUGCAAUGGCGAGUGGGUCCAUCAAAAUGAGCAUGUCUCUGAGGAGAGUCUGGAUGAGAGUUCAGGCCUGAAGGUCCGGGAGGUGUUUAUCAACGUCACCAGGCAGCAGGUAGAGGACUUCCAUGGGCCCGAGGACUAUUGGUGCCAGUGUGUGGCGUGGAGCCACCUGGGGACCUCCAAGAGCAGGAAGGCCUCCGUGCGCAUAGCCUAUUUACGGAAAAACUUCGAGCAAGACCCGCAGGGAAGGGAGGUUCCCAUCGAAGGCAUGAUCGUGCUGCACUGCCGCCCACCUGAGGGAGUUCCUGCUGCCGAGGUGGAAUGGCUGAAAAACGAGGAGCCCAUUGACUCUGAACAAGAUGAGAACAUUGACACCAGGGCAGACCACAACCUCAUCAUCCGGCAGGCGCGGCUCUCGGACUCCGGAAAUUAUACAUGCAUGGCGGCCAACAUCGUAGCCAAGAGGAGGAGCCUGUCAGCCACAGUGGUGGUUUAUGUGAAUGGAGGCUGGUCUUCCUGGACAGAGUGGUCAGCCUGCAAUGUUCGCUGUGGUAGAGGAUGGCAGAAACGUUCCCGGACCUGCACCAACCCAGCUCCUCUCAAUGGUGGAGCCUUUUGUGAGGGAAUGUCAGUGCAGAAAAUAACCUGCACUUCUCUUUGUCCUGUGGACGGGAGCUGGGAGGUGUGGGGUGAGUGGUCAGUCUGCAGCCCGGAGUGCGAGCAUCUGCGGAUCCGAGAGUGCACAGCCCCGGCCCCAAGAAACGGGGGCAAAUUCUGCGAAGGCCUAAGCCAAGAAUCCGAGAACUGCACAGAUGGUCUCUGCAUCCUAGAUAAAAAACCUCUUCAUGAAAUAAAACCCCAAAGCAUUGAGAAUGCCAGCGACAUCGCUUUGUACUCAGGCUUGGGCGCUGCGGUCGUGGCUGUCACAGUCCUGGUCGUCGGCAUCACGCUUUACAGACGGAGCCAGAGUGACUACGGCGUGGACGUUAUCGACUCUUCUGCAUUGACAGGUGGCUUCCAGACCUUCAACUUCAAAACAGUCCGUCAAGGUAACUCCCUGCUCUUGAAUUCCUCCAUGCAACCAGACCUAACAGUAAGCCGAACAUACAGUGGGCCCAUCUGUCUACAGGACCCCCUGGACAAGGAACUCAUGACAGAGUCCUCACUCUUUAACCCUUUGUCGGACAUCAAAGUCAAAGUGCAGAGCUCAUUCAUGGUUUCCCUGGGUGUGUCUGAGAGAGCUGAGUACCAUGGCAAGAAUCAUUCCGGGACUUUUCCCCAUGGAAACAACCGUGGCUUCACUACAGUGCAUCCCAGAAAUAAAACACCCUACAUCCCAAAUCUGUCAUCACUUCCUACAAGAACAGAACUGAGGACCACUGGAGUCUUUGGCCAUUUAGGAGGACGCCUAGUAAUGCCAAAUACAGGGGUGAGUUUACUGAUACCACAUGGUGCCAUCCCGGAGGAGAAUUCUUGGGAGAUUUACAUGUCCAUCAACCAAGGUGAACCCAGCCUCCAGUCAGAUGGCUCUGAGGUGCUCCUGAGUCCGGAAGUCACCUGUGGUCCCCCCGACAUGAUUGUCACCACUCCCUUUGCCCUGACCAUUCCACACUGUGCAGACGUCAGUUCUGAGCACUGGAAUAUCCAUUUAAAGAAGAGGACCCAGCAGGGCAAGUGGGAGGAAGUGAUGUCAGUGGAGGAUGAAUCCACAUCUUGUUACUGCCUUUUGGACCCCUUUGCGUGCCACGUGCUCCUAGACAGCUUCGGGACAUACGCCCUCACUGGAGAACCAAUCACAGACUGUGCCGUGAAGCAGCUCAAGGUUGCGGUUUUUGGCUGCAUGUCCUGUAACUCUCUGGACUACAACUUGAGGGUCUACUGUGUGGACAAUACCCCUUGUGCAUUUCAGGAAGUGGUUUCAGAUGAAAGGCAUCAAGGCGGACAACUCCUGGAAGAACCAAAGUUGCUGCAUUUCAAAGGGAAUACCUUUAGUCUUCAGAUCUCUGUCCUUGAUAUCCCCCCAUUCCUCUGGAGAAUUAAACCAUUCACUGCAUGCCAGGAAGUCCCAUUCUCCCGCGUGUGGUGCGGUAACCGGCAGCCCCUGCACUGUGCCUUCUCCCUGGAACGCUACACGCCCACCACCACCCAGCUGUCCUGCAAAAUCUGCAUCCGGCAGCUCAAAGGCCAUGAACAGAUCCUCCAAGUGCAGACGUCAAUCCUCGAGAAUGAAAGAGAGACCAUCACUUUCUUUGCACAAGAGGACAGCACUUUCCCUGCACAGACUGGCCCCAAAGCCUUCAAAAUUCCCUACUCCAUCAGACAGCGGAUUUGUGCUACAUUUGACACCCCCAAUGCCAAAGGCAAGGACUGGCAAAUGUUAGCACAGAAAAACAGCAUCAACAGGAAUUUAUCUUAUUUUGCUACACAAAGUAGCCCGUCUGCUGUCAUUUUGAACCUGUGGGAAGCUCGUCAUCAGCAUGAUGGUGACCUUGACUCCCUGGCCUGUGCCCUUGAAGAGAUUGGGAGGACACACACGAAACUCUCGAACAUUAAGGAAUCCCAGCUCGAUGAAGCCGACUUCAGCUACAGCAGGCAAAAUGGACUCUAG